AUGAUUCGUGCGGUUUUGAUCUUUAACAACAGUGGUAAACCCCGCUUGAUGAAAUUUUACGAUAAUAUGUCUGAAGAACUACAGCAAAAACUCCUUAAUGAAAUCUUCUUCUUGGUAUCCAGACGUGAUGACAAUGUGUGUAAUUUCCUUGAAGGUGGAAGCAAUGUCUUCUCUGAACAUGAUUGCCGUAUUAUUUAUCGACACUAUGCAACGCUCUACUUCGUUUUUUGCGUCGACGCGACAGAAAGUGAAUUAGGCAUUCUUGAUCUAAUCCAAGUUUUUGUUGAAGCGUUGGACAAGUCCUUCGAAAGUGUUUGCGAACUUGAUCUAAUUUUCCACUCCGAUAAAGUUCAUUUCCUCCUCAAUGAGCUAAUUAUUGGCGGUAUGGUCUUAGAAACACAUAUCAGUGAAAUUAUUUAUCAUAAUGAAGAACAAAAUAAACUGGAAAAACAGGAGCAAUCCACUCUCCCACUUGCUCCAUCACGUGCCGUGUCUGCCGUGAAGGAUCUGAAGAUAGCCCAGAAGCUGAAGGACAUCAAGCUCCCUGAAAUCCCUUACCUGAAUUCACGCUUCCACCUCGACUAA